UUGUAAAUUAAUUAUAUUAAUUUAAUAAAUUAACAAAAACAGAAAAUAGAGGGUUCCACUUCCAUGUUCCAACAAUCUCUGCAAAACACUCUUCAUAUAUUUCUAGGGUUUUGGAUUUCUGCAACAUGACUGGGAUCCGAUCGCCGCCGGAGGACUCCGACGUAUCACAGGCGCGACCGCCUACAGCCGCCGAUCUAAUCUCCGACGACGACCGCUCUGUGGCUGCCGACUCAUGGUCCAUUAAGAGCGACUACGGAAGUACUCUCGACGACGAUCAGCGCCACGCCGAUGCAGCCGAAGCUCUCUCCGCUGGAACCUUCCGAGCCGCCUCCGAUUACAGUUCUGACAAGGAGGAACCAGAUGCCGAAGCAGUUACAUCAAUGUUGGGUUUCCAGAGUUAUUGGGAUGCCACAUAUGCAGAUGAAUUGGCAAAUUUUCAUGAACAUGGCCAUGCUGGUGAAGUUUGGUUUGGGGCUGAUGUUAUGGAGACUGUGGCUUCUUGGACCAAAAGAUUGUGCACUGACAUUUCUCAAGGCCACUUGCUAAAUCAUGCUGAUGAUGAAAAAUCAGAGCCUGUUGAACAGAGUGAUAAAGAUUUGACCAGUUGGAGUGUACUUGACAUUGGAACUGGCAAUGGUCUGCUACUUCAAGAACUUGCUAAGCAGGGGUUUUCUGAUCUCACUGGAACUGAUUAUAGUGAAGGAGCAAUUGACCUUGCUCGAAGCCUUGCUGAUCGUGACAGAGUCACCAACAUUAAAUUUUUGGUUGAUGAUGUCCUGGAGACAAAACUAGAAAGGAAGUACCAACUUGUCAUGGAUAAGGGGACUCUAGAUGCCAUUGGACUGCAUCCUGAUGGCCCUAUCAAAAGGAUCAUGUAUUGGGAUUCAGUCUCAAGGCUGGUGGUGCCUGGUGGAAUAUUGGUGCUUACAUCAUGUAAUAGUACAAAAGAUGAAUUGGUGCAAGAAGCUGAAAAUUUCAAUCAAAGAAGAGUUGGUGCUUCCCAAGAAACUGGAACCCUGGGGGACCAAGAGGCAGGUAGACAUCCACCUCCAUUCCGCUACCUUGAUCAUGUUCGUUCAUAUCCAACAUUCAUGUUUGGAGGAUCUGCAGGAUCACGUGUCACCACUGUAGCAUUUCUGAGGAACUGAAGGCAGUAAAUUGUGGUUAGGUCAUUUCAGGCAACUGGUUUUUUUUUUUUUUAGUGUUUUUACAUGCGUGUGCAUGCAUGUGUGGUCAAGGAACUGGGAAUUACUGAUCUUCAAUGGUUACGGAUUUAUGUAGAAGGGGUUCAAAUGCCAUUUGCAGGAGAUGCUUACCAGGGUAUAGUUUGCUUGGAACUGAUCUGACUCUGUAAAUCAGACCUAUGUUUGGGAAUUGUGAAGUAAUGCUGUUGAAUGUAGUGCUAAACCUUGAUCUCUAUUGCUCCUUGAGUUUCAUUCAUUUCUGUUUCAGAGGAUUGUUUAUCGCGUUUGAAUGCGUUCUUCCAAGAUCUUCAUUAAUCUGGGUUUUCGACUAA